AAUGCCUCGUUUGCCCACAACCACAACGCAGAGCCAAGGGGGUAAGCAAGAAAUAAGAAAUAAAGAAAGGAAGGAAGAGAGAAAAGUGCUUGUUGGACUGGGAAACACUGAGCUGACUCGGAGCGAGUGAAGUGUUGCGUGUGAAUAGAGAUAGAGAAGAUGUCUGGUGGUAUUGCUCGUGGACGUCUCACAGAGGAGCGCAAGUCGUGGCGGAAGAACCAUCCUCAUGGUUUUGUUGCCAAGCCGGAGACGCUGCCCGAUGGAACUGUGAACUUGAUGGUGUGGCAUUGCACAAUUCCUGGAAAGGCUGGGACUGAUUGGGAGGGUGGCUACUUCCCACUUUCGCUUCACUUUAGUGAGGACUACCCUAGCAAGCCGCCAAAGUGUAAAUUCCCACAAGGUUUCUUCCAUCCAAAUGUUUAUCCUUCCGGGACUGUGUGCCUGUCUAUACUUAACGAGGAUAGUGGGUGGAGACCAGCCAUAACAGUAAAGCAAAUUCUUGUGGGUAUCCAAGACUUGCUUGACCAGCCAAAUCCUGCUGAUCCUGCCCAGACAGAAGGCUAUCAUCUAUUCAUCCAGGAUGCAGCAGAGUACAAGAGAAGGGUCCGGCAGCAGGCAAAGCAAUACCCAGCUCUUCUCUAGUGUUGCCGUCACAUAAGCUAAAUUUAUAAACUAUUUUUAUUAUGGCAGAUGCUUCAUCUUUUGUUCCGCAUUGAAUCUGUUUUUGACAUUGUGAUUAAUGUCUGCCACAACAUGCAGACAUGAAUGUUUUAGCUAUUUAUGGUUACUCCCAGAUCUGGAAGAAGUGUUAAUAUAUAAAAAAAACGUGAAAGCAACCAAUGAAUACUUGUUGGAGACAUGUGCCUGAUGUUUGCUGCUACAUUUUUUAUAUGAAUGGAUAAUUACUAUAAUGAAUUGCAUGACUGCCUUCUCUGAACAUGUAAUCCAUUUGCUGGAAUUUUUACUUCUUCUGUGGAGAUCAUACAUAGUCCUCUAUUUGUCCAUCGUUGUGUUUCACAACUUUACUAUUGUGCCUUGGCUGCAUAAAUUGACACUGAAACGUUUGCUUCUUAAACUUCAGAUGUGCUUCAAAUGACACUUCCCGAUGCGGAGGAAAAUCCUAAAAUCUUCCGAUUUUGCAUCCUUAACAUUUCUCUGGUGAAAGGUCCUCAGUUGCUUGUUCGCAUACUGGUGACUAUUUGAUUGAGGCUGAGAUGUAUGGCCGUUAAGCCUGCCUUUGUAUAACAAUUAUAGAAAAAGUAAGAAGGUAAUCUAAAUUCAUCUUAUUUCACAA